AUGGCCGAUUCGGGGUCCGGCGUGCGGGCCUCCCUGCUGCAGCUACAGGAGUCCCUGUCCUCUGCCGAUCGCUGCGGCGCGGCGGUGGCCAGUGGUCAGCUGCUGCGGGGCCUGGGGCAGGAGUGCGUACUGAGCUCUGGCCCCGCGCUUUUGGCAUUACACACUUCCUUAGUUUUUUCCAAAGAUUUUGGUUUGCUUGUAUUUGUUCGGAAAUCACUCAGCAUUGAUGAAUUUCGUGAUUGUAGAGAAGAAGCCCUGAAGUUUUUAUGUAUUUUCUUAGAAAAAAUUGGCCAGAAGAUCACACCUUAUUCUCUAGAUAUUAAGAAUACUUGUACCAGUGUUUACACAAAAGAUAAAGCUGCUAAAUGUAGAGUUCCAGCCCUAGAACUUCUUAUUAAGUUACUUCAGGCUCUGAGGAGCUCUAGACUCAUGGAUGAAUUAGGGGUUGGAGAGUUAUUUACCAAAUUCUAUGGGGAACUUGCAUUGAAAGCAAAAAUACCAGAUACAGUUUUAGAAAAAAUAUAUGAGCUCCUAGGAGUAUUAGGUGAAGUUCAUCCUACCGAGAUGAUAAACAAUUCGGAUAAACUCUUUCGGGCUUUUCUGGGUGAACUUAAGACCCAGAUGACAUCGACAGUGAGAGAACCCAAAUUUGCGGUGCUGGCAGGGUGUCUGAAGGGACUGGCAUCACUUAUGUGUAACUUCACCAAGUCCGUGGAGGAAGAUCCCCAGACUUCAAGAGAGAUUUUUGAUUUUGCAUUAAAGGCAAUCCGUCCUCAGAUUGAUCUGAAGAGAUACGCCGUGCCUCUGGCUGGCCUGUCCUUAUUCACCCUGCAUGCAUCUCAGUUUAGCACCUGCCUUCUGGACAACUACACUUCUUUAUUUGAAGUCCUGUCGAAGUGGUGCAGCCACAUGAAUGUGGAAUUGAAGAAAGCUGCACACUCAGCUCUGGAGUCUUUUCUGAAACAGGUUUCCUUGUUGGUGGCACGAGAUGCCGAGGCACACAGGGGCACGCUGCGCUUCUUCAUGGAGCAGUUCUACAGCAUCAUCAGGAAUGUGGACGCCAACAGCAAGGACCUGUCCAUUGCCAUCCGCGGAUAUGGGCUCUUUGCAGGGCCGUGCAAGGCGGUCAAUGCACGAGACGUGGACUUGAUGUUUGUGGAGCUCAUCCAGCGGUGCCGGCAGCUGUUCCUCGCGGAGGUGGACGCUGCCGAGGACCACGUGUACCAGCUGCCCAGCUUCCUGCAGUCCGUGGCCAGCGUCCUGCUGCACCUCGACGCUGUUCCUGAGGUGCAUUCGCCGGUCCUGGAACACCUCGUGGUCAUGCAGAUGGACAGUUUCCCCCAGUACAGCCCCAAGAUGCAGCUAGUGUGCUGCAGGGCCAUUGUGCGAGUGUUCCUGGCCCUGGCAGAGAAGGGGCCCAUCCUCUGGAGUUGCAUUGGUGCUGUGGUGCAUCAAAGUUUAAUCAGAAUAUGUUCUAAGCCAGUGAUCCUUCAAAAGGGAGCUGAGCCCGAGUCUGAGGACCCUGGAGUAUUGGGGGAAGUCAGGACUGGCAAGUGGAGAGUGCCCACCUGCAGAGACUAUGUGGACCUGUUCAGGAGCCUUCUGAGCUGUGACCAGACAAUGGAUUCUCUCUUAGCAGAUGAAGCAUUUGUCUUUGUGAAUUUCUCCCUUCAAAGUCUGAAUCGUUUGCUAUAUGAUGAAUUUGUAAAAUCAGUUUUGAAGAUUGUUGAAAAACUGGACCUUACACUGGAAAAGCAGAAUGUUGGGGAACAAGAGGAUGAAAACAAAACCGCUGGCGUUUGGGUGAUCCCGACCUCAGAUCCAGCUGCUAACCUGCAUCCUGCGAAACCCAAAGACUUCUCCGCUUUCGUCAACCUGGUGGAGUUCUGCAGGGAGAUUCUUCCUGAGAAACAUGUAGAAUUUUUUGGGCCAUGGGUACAUUCCUUCUCAUAUCAGUUAAUUCUGCAGUCUACACGGUUGCCACUCAUUAGUGGUUUCUACAAACUGCUUUCUCUUGCUGUGAGAAAUGCCAAGAAAAUAAAGUAUUUUGAGGGCGUCGGUCCAGAGAGGCAGAAGCCAUCUCCUGAGGAUCCAGAGAAGCAUUCCUGCUUUGCUUUGUUUGCGAAAUUCGGUAAAGAGGUGUCAGUUAAGAUGAAGCAGUACAAAGAUGAACUCCUGGCCUCCUGUUUGACCUUUGUCCUAUCCCUUCCACAUGACAUCAUUGCACUUGAUGUCAGAGCCUACGUCCCCGCGUUGCAGAUGGCUUUUAAACUGGGCCUGAGCUAUGCUCCACUGGCAGAAGCUGGCCUGAAUGCCCUGGAAGAAUGGUCAGUUUAUAUCUGCAAACAUGUAAUUCAACCCUACUAUAAGGAUAUUCUGCCUAGCCUUGAUGGAUAUCUGAAAACUUCAGCUUUAUCAGAUGAGACCCGGAGUAACUGGGAAGUGUCGGCACUUUCUCGGGCUGUUCAGAAAGGAUUUACUAAAGACGUGUUAAAGCAUCUGAAACGGACAAAGAAUAUUUCAUCUAAUGAAGCGCUGUCCUUAGAAGAAACACGGGUUCGAGUAGUGCAAGUACUUGGCCGUCUCGGGGGACAGAUCAACAAAAACCUGCUAACAGCAGCGUCCCCCGAGGCGCAGGCCCGGGGCUGUGUGGCUUGGGACCGAGAGCGGAGGCUCAGCUUCGCAGUGCCCUUCGUGGACAUGAAGCCCGUCGUUCACCUGGACCUGUUCCUGCCGCGCGUCACAGAGCUGGCGCUCUCGGCCGGCGACAGACACACCAAGGUUGCAGCCUGUGAACUUCUGCACAGCGUGGUUAUGUUUAUGCUGGGAAAAGCCACUCAGAUGCCUGACGGUGGCCAGGGCCCCCCACCCAUGUACCAGCUCUAUAAGCGCACGUUUCCUGUGCUGCUACGACUGGCAUGUGACGUAGACCAGGUGACGAGGCAGCUGUAUGAACCUCUGGUCAUGCAGCUGAUUCACUGGUUCACCAACAACAAGAAGUUUGAGAGUCAGGACACGGUUGCCCUGCUGGAGGCAAUACUGGAUGGAAUUGUGGACCCUGUGGACAGCACUUUAAGAGAUUUUUGUGGUCAGUGUAUUCGGGAAUUCCUCAAAUGGUCCAUUAAGCAGACAACGCCGCAGCAGCAGGAGAACAGUCCAGUAAACACCAAGUCACUCUUCAAGCGACUGUACAGCUUUGCACUUCACCCGAAUGCUUUCAAGAGACUGGGAGCAUCGCUCGCUUUUAAUAAUAUCUAUAGGGAGUUCAGAGAGGAGGCGGCUCUGGUGGAACAGUUUGUGUUUGAAGCCCUGGUCACAUACAUGGAAAGCCUGGCCUUGGCGCACACAGACGAGAGGUCUUUGGGUACGGUUCAGCAGUGCUGUGAUGCUGUCGACCACCUGGGGCGCAUCAUCGAGAAGAAGCACGUUUCCUUAAACAAAGCCAAAAAGCGACGCUGUCCCCGAGGCUUCCCACCUGCAGCAUCCUUGUGCCUGUCAGACGUGGUCCAGUGGCUUUUUGCCAACUGCGGGAGGCCCCAGACAGAAUGUCGACACAAGUCCAUAGAACUCUUCUAUAAGCUUGUUCCUUUGCUGCCAGGCAACAGGUCCCCUUCCUCAUGGCUGAGAGACUUGGUCCAGAAGGAAGGCGUCCCCUUCCUCGUGAGCACCUUCGAGGGCGGAGGAGCCCGGGACCGGCCAGCUGGCCUGCUGGCCCAGCCCACCCUCCGCCACCUGCAGGGCCCCUUCAGCCUGCGCGCCACCCUGCAGUGGAUGGACACGCUGCUGGCCGCGCUGGAGUGCUACAACACCUUCCUGGAUGCGGGCACCCUCAGCGCCACCGAGGUCCUGGGAGCUGAAACGCAGUCUUCACUUUGGGAAGCAGUGGCUUUCUUCUUAGAGAGCAUCGCCCUGCACGACAUCACAGCAGCACAAAGGUGCUGUGGUGUGGGGACCACAGGUGACAGGCCCAGCCCGCAGGAGGGGGACAGGUACAGCUACAGCAAGUGCACGGUGGUUGUUCGGGUCCUGGAGUUCUCCACGACGCUGCUGGGCACCUGCCCUGAUGGCUGGAAGCUCCUCGGGAAGGACUCGUGCAGCGCAGACCUCAUAAGGCUCCUGGUGAGGACGUUGUGUGCACCCUCGAGUGUGGGCUUCAACAUUGGAGAUGUGCGGGUGAUGGAGCAGCUCCCCGGUGUGUGUGUGGGCCUGCUGAGGGCCCUGAGGAUGUCCCCGCACCAGGACGUGCUGGAGACCCGCCUCCGGGAAGAGGUCACAGCAGAAAGCAUUGAGGAGCUGUGUGCUGUUGACCUGUAUGGCCCGGACGCUCACAUGAAGAGGGCCAGACUGGCUUCUCUCAUGUCAGCUUGUAAGCAGCUGCACAAGGCUGGCUUUCUGCAUGUCAUAGUGCCGUCUCAGUCUGCAGAUGAGCAGCAUUCUCUCGGCAUGAAGCUUCUUUCCCUGGUUUAUAAAAGCAUCGCCCCUGGACAUGAGGGGCUGAGUCUGUCUUCCCUGGACCCCAGCUGCCAGCGGUUCGCGCAUGAGCUUCUGGAGCUGGCCUUUGCGUGCGGAGGACUGUGUGAGCGCCUGGUAGGUCUCCUCCUGGGCACAGCUGUGGUGUCCACGCCAUCCUCAAGAGGCACCCAGAGGAACAUUGUCAGCUUCUCUCAUGGACAGUAUUUCUACAACCUGUUCUCAGAAACGAUCAACACUGAACUGUUGAGAAAUCUGGAUCUUGCCGUAUCAGAACUCAUGAAGUCAUCUGUGGAUAAUCCCAAAAUGGUGAGCGCCAUCCUGAACGGUCUGUUGGAUCAGAGCUUCCGGGACCGAGCCAGCCAGAAGCAGCAAGGCCUGAAACUGGUCAGCACCGUCCUGCAGAGCUGGGGGUGCUGCGGCCCGUGGUGGGCUCGGGACGCCACCCCUGACAGCAAAACCGCAGUGCUCACCUUACUGGCAAAAAUUCUGCAGAUUGAUUCAUCGGUGUCCUCUAAUACAAGUCACAGUGCCUUCCCGGAAGUUUUUACAACAUUUGUGAGUCUACUUGCUGAUCCAAAAUUGGAUCUACAUUUAAAGGGCCAGGCCGUGGCGCUGCUCCCCUUCUUCUCCAGCCUCACGGGGGACCGUCUGCAGGAGCUCAGACGUACUCUUGAGAAGCUCGUUGUCUCUCAUUUCCCCAUGAGAUCUGGAGAGUUCCCCCCGGGGACUCUGCGCUAUACUAACUACGUGGAUUGUAUGAAAAAGUUUCUGGAUGCACUGGAGUUAUCCCAGAGUCCUAUGUUGAUGGAGUUGAUGACAGAAAUUCUGUGUCGGGAACAGCAGCAUGUUCUGGAAGAAUUAUUUCAGUCUACUUUCAGGAGGAUUGCCAGAAAGAGUUCAUGUGCCACGCAGUUGGGCCUUCUGGAAAGCGUGUACCGGAAGUUCAGCAGGGACGCCCUGCUUCCCAGCGCCACCCGCCAGGCGGUCGUGGACCGGGCCCUCCUCACUCUGCUGCGGCACUGCCGCCUGGGUGCCCUGAGGGACUUCUUCAGCAGAACUGUGGUGGAGGCUAUCGAUGUGUUGAAGUCCAGGUUUACAAAGCUGAAUGAAUCUGCCUUUGACACUCAAAUCACCAAGAAGAUGGGAUAUUACAAGAUGCUAGAGGUGAUGUACUCUCGUCUUCCGAAAGAUGAUGUCCACUCUAAGGAAUCUAAAAUUAACCAGGUGUUCCACGGCUCGAGCGUCACAGAAGGAAAUGAACUUACAAAGACACUAAUUAAGCUAUGCCACGAUGCCUUCUCGGAGAACAUGGCUGGGGAGGCCCAGCUGCUGGAGCGCCGGCGGCUGUACCACUGUGCCGCCUACACCUGCGCCAUUGCCCUCGUCCGCUGCGUCUUCACAGAGCUCAGGUUUUACCAGGGCUUCCUGUUCAGCGAGAAGCCGGAGAAGAACUUGCUCAUUUUUGAAAAUCUGAUAGACCUGAAGCGCUGCUACACGUUUCCCAUAGAAGUGGAGGUUCCUAUGGAAAGAAAGAAAAAGUACAUUGAAAUUAGGAGAGAAGCCAGGGAGGCGGCAAAUGAAGAUGCAGGUGGCCCCCAAUACAUGUCUUCACUAUCGUAUCUGGCAGACAGCAGCCUGAGUGAGGAAAUGAGUCAGUUCGAUUUUUCAACUGGAGUCCAGAGCUAUUCGUAUGGGUCCCAAGACCCUCAGUCCAGCGCUGGUCAUUUCCGGAGACGGGAGCGUCAGGACCCUGAGCGCCCAGGCGACGUGCUGGACCUGGAUGUGGACGAGCUCAGCCAGCAUGAGUGCAUGGCCCCCCUGGUGGCCCUGGUCCAGCACAUGCAAAGACUUGAGGCCGCGCUGCCCACAGAGGAGGGUUCAGUGCCAAGAAAUCUUCCUCCUUGGAUGAAAUUUCUUCAUGACAAACUGGGAAAUCCAUCAGUGUCAUUAAAUAUCCGUCUUUUCUUAGCCAAGCUGGUUGUUAAUACAGAAGAAGUCUUCCGGCCUCAUGCGAGGCACUGGCUGGGCCCCUUGCUGCAGCUGGUGGUCUCUGACAACAACGGCGGGGACGGGAUCCACUACCUAGUGGUUGAGAUUGUGGCCACGGUCCUUUCAUGGACAGGAAUAGCCACCCCUGUGGGAGUCCCUAAAGAUGAAGUGUUAGCGAAUCGAUUGCUUCAUUUCCUAAUGAAACAUGUUUUUCAUCAAAAAAGAGCUGUGUUUCGACAUAACCUUGAAAUCAUAAAAACCCUUGUUGAGUGCUGGAAGGAUUGUCUGUCCAUCCCUUACAGGUUAAUAUUUGACAAGUUUUCAAGUAAAGAUCCUAAUUCUAAAGACAAUUCUGUAGGAAUUCAGUUGUUGGGCAUUGUAAUGGCCAACAGCUUGCCCCCCUAUGACCCAAAGUGUGGCGUGGAAAGUGUCCGGUACUUUGAAGCUCUGGUCAGUAACAUGUCCUUUGUCAGAUACAAAGAGGUGUACGCAGCAUCCGCGGAGGUCCUGGGGCUUGUUCUCCGGUAUCUCAGCGGGAGAGAGAAGAUGCUGGAGGAGUCUGUGUAUGAACUGGUGGCGAAGCAACUGAGGCAGCAUCAGAACACGAUGGAGGACAAGUUCAUCGUGUGCCUGAGCAGAGCCACGAAGAACUUCGCUCCUCUGGCCGACAGGUUCAUGAACAGCGUGCUCUUUCUGCUGCCGAGGUUCCAUGGCGUGAUGAAGACGCUGUGUCUGGAGGUGGUGCUGUGUCGUGCGGAGGAGACCCCUGACCUGUACCUGCAGCUGAAGAGCAAGGAUUUUGUUCAGGUCAUGAGACACAGAGAUGACGAGAGACAGAAAGUGUGUUUGGACAUAAUUUCCAAGAUGAUGGCACGGCUGAGACCUGCAGAGCUCCGGGAGCUCCUGAGCGCUGUGGUGGAGUUCCUGUCUCACCCGGCAGUGCUGUGCCGCGAGCGGAUGUACGCCAUCCUCAUGUGGGUCCAUGACAACUACAGAGACCCAGAGAGUCAGGCAGAUGAAGACUCGCGUGAAGUAUUCAAGCUGGCCAAAGAUGUGUUGAUUCAAGGGCUGACCGACGAGAACCCAGGACUUCAAUUAACUGUUCGGAACUUCUGGAGCCAUGAAACUAGGUUGCCUUCAAAUACCUUGGACCGAUUGCUGGCCCUAAAUUCCUUAUAUUCUCCUAAGAUAGAAAUGCACUUCUUGAGUUUAGCGACAGAUUUCCUGCUUGAAAUGACCAGCCUGAGCCCUGACUUCCGGACUCCCCUGUUUGAGCACCCUCUGUCAGAGUGUGAGUUUCAGGAAUAUGCCAUUGACCCCGACUGGCGCUUCCGGAGUACUGUCCUCACACCAAUGUUUGUUGAGACUCAGGCCUCCCAGAGCACGCUCCAGGCCCGGACCCAGGACGGGUCCAUCUCGGCUCGCAGGGCGAUGGCUGGGCAGGUCCGGGCCACCCAGCAGCAGCUCGACUUCACGCCCACGCAGAGUGCAGGGGGAAGAGUGCUCUCCCACUGGCUGACGGCGGGCAGCACAGACCCUCUGGGCGAUAGCCUGGCCCCCACCACCGAGGCCUCAUCUGCGUCCCUACUGUUUGCCCACAAGAGGCCCGAGAGGCCCCGGGGGACACCCCUGAAGUCCGUGGGGCCUGAAUUUGGGAAGAAGAGGCUGGGCCUCCUUGAGGAUGAGGUGGACGACGGAGCACAAGGUCCAGAUAAUCAUGCAGAAAUACUGAGAUUACGCAGACGAUUUCUAAAGGACCAAGAAAAGCUGAGUUUGAUUUAUGCCAGGAAAGGUGUUGUUGAGCAAAAGCGAGAAAAGGAGAUCAAGAGUGAGUUGAAAAUGAAGCACGAGGCCCAGGUUGUCUUGUACAGAAGUUAUCGCCGUGGAGACCUUCCUGACAUCCAGAUUCCACACAGCAGCCUGAUCACCCCGCUGCAGGCUGUGGCCCAGAGAGACCCACUCGUCGCCAGGCAGCUCUUCAGCAGCCUGUGCUCGGGGAUCCUGAGGGAGUCAGGCGAGCGCAGGACCGCGGCUGAGGGGCGGGGCGCCGCCCAGAGGCUCCUGCAGCACUUCACGCGCCUUCUGGACACCAGCUUCUCCUCCUUCCCGCCCUUCGUGUCCUGCAUCCAGGAGAUCAGCUGCCAAAAUGCCGACCUGCUGAGCCUCGACCCGGCUCUGGUCAGUGGGGCCGGCCUGGCGGGCCUGCAGCAGCCUGGGGCCAUCUGCCUGUUGGAGGAGGCGCUGUUGAGACUGGCUCCCCAGGAGCCUCCCGCCAAGCGUGCGCGGGGGAAGCCGGGCCUGCCCCCCGACGUUGGCAGGUGGAUGGAACUUGCCAAACUGUACAGGUCGAUUGGGGAGUAUGACAUCCUCCGUGGUAUUUUCAGCAGUGAGAUUGGAACAAAGCAGAUCACGCAGGACGCGCUGUUAGCAGAAGCAAGAAGUGACUAUUCUGAAGCUGCCAGGCUGUACAACGAGGCCCUCAACACACAAGAAUGGUCAGACGGCGAGCCCACGGAAGCCGAGAAGGAUUUCUGGGAACUUGCAUCCCUUGACUGCUACAACCAGCUGUCCGAGUGGAAGUCGCUGGAGUACUGCUCCACAGCUAGUGCUGAUGGCGAGGGCACCCCGGACCUGAGCAAGAUGUGGAGUGAGCCCUUCUAUCAGGAGACCUGCCUGCCGUACAUGGUGCGCAGUAAGCUGAAGUUGCUACUCCGCGGGGAGGGUGACCAGGCGCUGCUGACCUUUGUGGACGAGGCGCUGACCUCAGAGCUGCGGAAGGCCCUGCUCGAGCUCCGCUAUAGCCAGGAGCUGAGUCUCCUUUAUCUCCUGCAGGACGACAUUGACAGGGCCAAGUAUUACAUCCAGAACUGCAUCCAGAUGUUCAUGCAGAACUAUUCCAGUAUUGAUGUCCUCUUACACAGAAGUAGACUCACCAAAUUGCAGUCUGUACAGACUUUCAUAGAAAUUCAGGAGUUCAUCAGCUUUAUUAGCAAACAAGGUAAUUUAUCAUCUCAAGUUCCCCUGAAGAGACUUGUGAAAACCUGGACAAAUCGAUACCCCGAUGCUAAAAUGGACCCGAUGAACGUCUGGGAUGACAUCAUCACGAAUCGAUGUUUCUUUCUCAGCAAAAUAGAGGAGAAGCUCAGUCUCCUUCAAGACAGUGAAGGUGCAAGUGAGGACGGGGCCGAGAUGGAUGCACAGACUCAGGAAGAGGACGCACGGGCCCUGAUCACGAGCUGCAGCUUCUCCAUGAGGAUGCAGAUGGCUGAGAGUGCGAGGAAGCAGAACAAUUUCUCACUCGCCUUGAAGUUGCUGAAGGAGCUGCACAGAGAGUCGAAAGCCCGGGAGGACUGGCUGGUGACGUGGGUGCAGGCCUACUGCCGGCUCAGCCAUAGCCGGGCGCGGGCCCAGUGCCGGCCCGAGCAGCUACGCACGGCUCUCAAGACCGCGUCCCUGCUGGCUGAGAACACAUCGAGCACAAGCGCCCUGGCUUCCCGUGACCAUCAUGUCCUGCUGGGCACGACCUACCGGAUCCUGGCCGACGCGCUCUGUGACGAGCCCACCUGCCUUGCUGGGAUCGGGGAGAGCAAGGCCAGGAGUGUCGUGGAGCUGUCUGGGUCCAGCUCAGAGGAUGUGGACAAGGUCAUGGCAGGUUUGUACCAGAGAGCGUUCCACCACCUUUCUGAGGCCGUGCGGGCGGCAGAGGAGGAGGCUGGGCCCUCGGCGCGGGGGCAGGGGCCUACAGCUGGCGUGACCAUGGCUUACCUGACACUCGCCGAGUUCUGUGACCAGCAGCUCCGCAGGGAGGAGGAGGGCCCGUCCGUCCUUGGAUCCACAGAGCUGCUCACAUAUCCAGCCCUUGUGGUGGACAAGAUGCUGAAGGCCUUGAAGUUUCACUCAAGCGAGGCCCGGCUGAAGUUCCCCCGGCUCCUGCAAAUCAUCGCACAGUAUCCGGAGGAGACGCUGGGCCUGAUGACCAGAGAGAUCUCUUCUGUCCCUUGCUGGGAGUUCAUCGGCUGGAUCGGCCACAUGCUGCCCUUGCUGGACAAGGAGGAGGCGGUUGCCAUCCAGCACACCGUGGAGGACAUUGCCGACCACUACCCACAGGCCAUUGUCUACCCGUUCAUGAUAAGUAGCGAAAGCUACUGCUUCAAAGACACUUCUGCUGGUCAUAAAAACAAGGAGUUUGUGGCCAGGAUUAAAGCUAAGCUGGAUCGAGAAGGCGUGGUUCAGGAUUUCAUUAAUGCCCUGGAGCAGCUCUCCAACCCUGAGAUGCUUUUUAAGGACUGGAUGGAGGACGUCAAGGUUGAACUAGGGAAAACACCUGUGGAUAAAAAGAACAUUAAGAGAAUGUAUGAGAGGAUGCACGCAGCCCUGGGAGACCCACAGGCUCCUGGCCUUGGGAGUUUUCGAAGGAGGUUUAUCCAGGCUUUUGGAAAGGAAUUUGAUAAGCACUUUGGGAGAGGAGGUUCUAAACUCCCAGACAUGAAGCCCCAGGACUUCUGCGCCAUCGCUGGCUCGCUACUGGGGAGGAUGUCUAGGACUUCAGAUGCACCAGGGAACCUGAGGGAAUGUUCUCCCUGGAUGAGCAACUUCAGGGUGGAAUUCCUGAGAGCAGAGCUGGAGGUCCCUGGUCAGUAUGAUGGCAGAGGCAAACCAAUGCCCGAGCACCAUGCACGGAUCGCAGGCUUCGACGAGCGGGUGAAAGUGAUGGCCUCGAUCAGGAAACCCAAGCGCAUCGUGAUCCGCGGCCACGAUGAACGGGAGUAUCCCUUCCUGGUGAAGGGCGGUGAGGAUCUGCGGCAAGACCACCGUAUCCAGCAGCUGCUCCAGGUCAUGAACAGCGUCCUGGCCCACGAUGCCGCCUGCAGCCAGAGGGGCCUGCAAGUGACCACCUACCACGUGGUGCCCAUGACCUCCAGGCUGGGGCUAAUCGAAUGGAUUGAAAACACCUGCACAUUGAAGGACCUUCUUCUGAGCAGCAUGUCACAGGAGGAGAAGAAAGCCUACACCAGUGACUCCCGGGCGCCCGCAUCUGAGUACAGAGAAUGGCUGAUCACGAUGGUGGGAAAGUGUGACCCUGGGGCCUAUCCCCUCAUGUUCAAAGUAGCUAAUCGCACUGAAGCAGUCACAUCUUUUAGGAAAAGAGAAAGUAAAGUGCCUGCAGAUCUCUUAAAGCGGGCCUUCCUGAAGAUGAGUACUGGCCCCGAGGCCUUCUUGGCCCUUCGCAACCACUUCACCACCUCCCACGCACUCCUGUGCGUCGGCCACUGGGUUCUGGGCAUCGGAGACCGGCAUCUGAACAACUUCAUGGUGAGCCUGGAGACGGGCGGCGUGAUCGGGAUUGACUUCGGACAUGCGUUCGGCUCUGCCACCCAGGUUCUGCGGGUCCCUGAACUGAUGCCUUUCCGGCUGACUCGCCAGUUCAUCAACCUGAUGUCACCACUGAAGGAGACAGGGCUCGUGAGCAGCGUCAUGGUGUGCGCGCUAAGGGCCUUCCGCUCACGCGCCGACCUGCUCACCACCACCAUGGAUGUGUUCGUGAAGGAGCCAUCCUUUGACUGGAAGAAUUUUGAACAGACAAUGCUGAGAAAAGGAGGAUCGUGGAUUCAAGAAAUAAAUGUAACUGAACAAAACUGGUAUCCACGGCAGAAGAUUCAUUAUGCUAAGAGAAAGCUAGCAGGUGCCAAUCCAGCAGUUAUUACCUGUGAUGAGCUUCGGCUGGGCCACGAGAAGGAGCCUGCCUUCAGACACUACGUCGCUGUGGCACGAGGAAGCCAAGAGCACAGUGUUCGUGCCCAGGAGCCCGAGAGUGGACUUUCAGAGGAGGCCCAAGUGAGGUGCCUUGUUGACCAGGCAACUGACCCCAACAUCCUUGGCAGAACUUGGGCAGGGUGGGAGCCCUGGAUGUGA